AUGUCUUGGGAAACAAUUCACAAGUGGCAUACAGGCUUUAGUGCCGAUUCAGUAGAAUGGUGUCCUGUGGAGCCCUACAAUGAUGUCUUAGUCUGUGGCACCUAUCAACUUGAUAAGACCGAUAAUGAAUCAUCCGCUACGAAACAGAAGCGACUAGGCAGAGUUUACUUGUUCGAAAUUAACGAGAAAACAGAAUCGUUAUGCCCUAUCCAGACUAUCGAUACAUCUGGAAUUUUAGACCAGAAGUGGUCUUAUCAACGCAUUGAGAAUUUUCCCGUACUCGGCACAGUCACUUCAGAGGGCAAGAUUCAGCUAUACCGAUUGGUUGAAAGUGGUAAUUUGAAUUUAGAAUUGUGGCUGGAAGCUACGAUUGGUGAGAACGUCUUAGCGCUCUCACUUGAUUGGUCGACGAAUAAGUUAACCGGAUAUAGCAAUAUCGUUGUCAGCGACUCGACGGGAAAUGUUACCGUGUGGAGGGUAGAUGACAGCUUGGAACGGAUCGCUGAAUGGAAAGCUCAUGACUUCGAAGCGUGGAUCGCAGCAUUUAAUUAUUGGAAUCCGGAUGUGUUUUACUCGGGCGGGGAUGAUUGUGUGCUGAAAUGUUUCGAUUUGCGCGCACCGGAUUCUUUCGUUACAAACCGGUCUCACGAAGCUGGUGUUACGUCUAUCCGGAGUCACGUAGAUGUGGAACACCAGUUGCUCACGGGAAGUUACGACGAAAAAAUUCGCCUCUGGGACGCGAGACAAAUGAAACGAUGCAUCACGGAAACGGAAGUUGGCGGAGGAGUGUGGCGACUCAAGUGGCAUCCUUUUGAGAAAAGCGUACUUUUAGCCGCCUGUAUGUACGGCGGGUUCAGAUUACUGUGCGUGAAAGAAAAUAUUAAAAUACUCUAUGAAUACCUGGAACAUGAGAGCAUAGCGUAUGGCGCAGAUUGGAAGUUUGAAUCGAAGAGUGACAAUUUGUCUAUGGUCGCGACUUGUUCCUUCUACGAUUGUGAUAUGCACGUGGGUAGGAUUUUACUUGAUAGGGAUUUAAAAGAAGAAUAA